CUCUGAGAAUGAAGCUGGUCUCUGCAUUUCCUGGACUAAGUGUGUGACUAGGAGCCCCAUUUAUCACCACCUAACCCAGACAUUGCGCUGAAUUCGGAGCUGACAGCUUCUUCAUGAGGUCUUCUGGGGUGGUUUCCCUGCAGCCUCUGACUAUUUAUCACCACAGUGAGCCUAAAGGUAUUGCCUAGCAGGAAACCAUGGGCAAUUUCAAAGGGCAUGCCCUCCCUGGAAGCUUUUUCCUUCUUUUUGGCUUAUGGUGGUCAGUGAAGUACCCACUGAAGUACGCCUGUCGAAAAAACAAGAAUGCUUGCUACCUUGGUUCCAGGGCAGGAUUCCAGCGCCUGGAGUUUGUUGAGGGCAUCAUCAAAGCUGUCUUUGCCCUCAUUGGGAUGGUGGCUGAGCAGUUUGUUCCUGAUGGACCUCAUCUGAAGCUGUACAACUACGAGAAGAAGCACUGGGAUCACUUGAUGAACUGGCAGCAUGCCACCAUGUACCUCUUCUAUGGCAUUUCAGGGCUGGUGGACAUCGUGGCACAUGGGACCAACGCGCUGCCAGCAGCCACGGACAGGAUGAUGCUUUCCUUAGCAGUCUUUAUUGAAGGUUUUCUUUUCUGCUACCAUCUUCAUGGGAGAGCCAUGCUGGAUGUUCAUGUUCAUCAGUUACUGCUAUUUGCUAUCUUUGGAGCUGCUGCCUGCAUAUUUUUGGAAGUUUUUUUCCGUGGCAGUAUUGUGCUAGAGAUGCUCCGUACUAGCCUCUGCUUAUUACAAGGCAGCUGGUUCUGGCAGAUUGGCUUUGUUCUUUAUCCUCCAAAUGGGAGCCCAGAGUGGAAUCAGAUGGAUCACACUAACAUGAUGUUCCUGACUAUGUGCUAUUGCUGGCAUUAUGCCUUUGCUUUUCUAAUACUUGCAGUGAAUUACACAAUUGUCAGCUGGGCAGUCCGUUCGAAGGUUAAGCAGUCCCAGUCCAUGGAGAUGGGUUUACUGAAAACAUCUGAACGAGAUCACGAGUCAGAAGAAGAAAUUUAGCAUGAAUAUAGCUUGACCAGUUCAUCUACUCCAACCAUUAGGCUAAUUGAUACCUCAUUUCUACAUAUUUUUUUGCCAUCUUAUUAAUUCUUUACUACAACUUGCUGCACAAAUAUCAAUCCCCUAUGAUGUCAACAUCUAAUACACAGUUAUAAACAUAUUUUUUUUUUGUGAAGGGUAAGCUUGAUAUGGGUUUAUGCUGGUUGCACUAAUACCUUGCUUCUCACAUGCUUCACAGAAAAUCAGACUAGUAUUAGACAGACUUGGCGUGGAUGAGGUGGCACAAUGAAGUCUGUAUGUUUACCUCAUUAAAAGCUAAGCAAAAUUCUUUUCAGCCACUGCUGGACAUAAAGUUUCCAUAAUUAGGGUGUCUAGGUAUGCAUAUUGGUUGUCCUGCAAGUACCUGUGGAUAAACAACCGUGCAGACUCGGAAAACAGCAGAACAAGAUAAAGAAACCACAGUCUUGUCUUGUGUAACAACUUUGUGUCUCUGUUUGUGUGGCUUUAUGUUAAACAGAAAGAACUUCUCACUGUGAACACAUUGAGUGUUCACUGAAGAGUUUGUAGUGUGUUCACCACCCCCCAGAGACACCACCAAGCCUGCCAGGAGGACCAAAGAUGUGUAAUGUGAUCAAAAAACAGUGUUUCAUGUUGUUCAUGCUUGUGCCUAGACAGUCCUGUCUCUUUGCUGUCCUUUGACUUUGCAAGGCCCUGGAAGUGGCUCUGCCUUCCCUUGGUGCCUGGAACAAUUUCUUUUCCAGAAAGGCUGAGGGAUGUCCAGUCAAGCAGCACCUAACUGCAAAACCAGCUUGUUUCCCAGUGUUAUUUUCUUUCCUUUGAUGGAAUUUGAUGGUUUUCUGCAGGACUCAGAGCAGACAUGUGACCCACCAUCUGAGUCAGGAGUGGGUAAUUCUGCUCUGUGGGCAGGAUGAGAGGGUUUUGCAUCCCUUUCCCUGUGUCACCCCCUCAGUCACCAGGCAGCCUGACAGUGCUGCACAGUGAGCUGUGGGAGGGCAGAUGUUGCCUUCUCAGUAGCUCCAUACCUAGCUACCAACACCAGUGAGGGAAUUAAAAAAUAGCACCACUUUUAAUUGCAUUUAUUUUCUCCAUGAAAACUGAUCUAGUGGAAAGCACAGUGUUCAUGGCCAAUGACAGCAAACUGAUUGAUUAAAAAAGCUAGCUAAUAAAAUAGUUAGUACCUCAAAGGGAUCCCAAGAUGCA